GCGAUGACGCGUAUCCGCUUGGCUGUAUGUGAAAGCCUGCAGUCCCUCCGCCAUCUUUACUGUCUCCUCAGUAGUCUCGCAGAUCAGAGCAGGGAGGGGACCCGAGGUGUGUGAGCUCCAGACUGCGCGGGCCUGACAGGACCUGCAGCUUCCGCCGUGACCAUGAAACCCAGAGCAGCUGAGGAAGCCGCCUGUCAGUAGCCAGCCCCAGCAGACUCCCCCACCUCCACCCCUGUUCACACCCGUUAUUUCCAAUUGUCCCCGGCGAUUGCCUUCAUCAUGUCGUCCGCUCGCUUUGACUCGUCGGAUCGUUCGAGCUGGUACUUCGGGCCGGUGUCUCGGCAGGAGGCGCAGACGCGGCUGCAGGGGCAGAGGCACGGGGUCUUUCUCGUCCGGGAUUCGUCCACCUGCCCCGGGGAUCACGUGCUGUCCGUGUCGGAGAACUCGCGGGUCUCCCACUACAUCAUCAAUUCUCUGCCCGGACGUCGCUUCAAGAUCGGCGAUCAGGAGUUCGACAACUUACCGGCCCUGCUGGAUUUCUACAAGAUCCAUUACCUGGACACCACCACCCUCAUAGAGCCGGCGCCCAGAUAUCCAAGCCCGCCGGUGGGGACAGGUUCUGCCUCCAGUGUACAUGCGACGGAGGAAAACAUGGAGUGUGUACGGACUCUUUAUGACUUCCCUGGUAAUGACGCAGAGGACCUUCCUUUUAAAAAGGGGGAAAUUUUAAUAAUUGUGGAAAAGCCAGAGGAACAAUGGUGGAGUGCAAGGAACAAGGACGGUCGUGUUGGUAUGAUCCCUGUGCCCUAUGUGGAAAAGCUACCCCGUGUGUUUCUUCAAGGCAUGAUGGGGAACAGGAAUUCAAAUAGCUAUGGCAUACCUGAGCCUGCACAUGCCUAUGCUCAGCCCCAGACUCCCAGCCCUCUGCCUGCCUCCUCCACACCUCCAGGCGCAGUCAUCACCCCUUUACCAUCCACGCAGAAUGGACCUGUCUAUGCUAAAGCUAUUCAGAAAAGAGUUCCUUGCGCCUAUGAUAAGACAGCCCUAGCGUUAGAGGUGGGUGACCUAGUGAAAGUGACUCGCAUGAAUAUUAACGGCCAGUGGGAAGGAGAAGUAAAUGGGCGAAAAGGGCUUUUUCCCUUUACACAUGUGAAAAUAAUUGACCCUCAGAAUCCAGACGACAAUGAGUGACUGGUUUGAUUUCCUCAUAGCCCGAUCUAUUCACUUUCCUCCUUCCAGGUCAUCUGAAGCUUCCCUGGCCUAUUCUUCAGCUCAAUCUUUCAGCUGCCUGGUUAUUUGACACUUCUGAAAAUAACACGCGUUGCAAAGUUCACCUACUGACGCAUGUAACAUAGCUGUGUUUGUCCAUAAUGCAAAGCUGCUGCUUACCACGUUUUCAAGGGUCUGAACAAGCGUACUCGGACAUGCUGUGCUGCCAGCCGCUGGAACUGUGGAAAACAAUACGCGCUGGCAUUCAGAAUUUUAGGCUUUUUAUUUUAUUUUUUCUCUUGAAAAUUUUUAAAUCAUGCCUAAAGGAUUAAUGUUUUAUUGACUCAAACACUGCAACAAAAUAGUGAUUUCUAGAAACGACCCCACUUCAGUCAUUUCUAAAGAGAUUAUGUGCCCGAUCUGUUGUGAUCUCUACAAUCCCUCUUGCUUGUGUGGAGAUCUAAGUGUGUGAUAGUUAACGGAGGCCUUUAUUUAUACUGCAAACCUUGGCUAUUGUUGUUCUGCGCAGGAAUUUAACAUGACUACUUCCCCUUUCAAAUGCAGAGUUCUGUCGCAGCAGCAGAAGACACCACCUGCCUGUCCUUCCAGCGAUGGAGUUCCAGUUUUCUAUUGCGCUCUGGUGCGGUGUGAUUCUUUAAAUUUGUGCCAUUAUCAGUUUGUACUGUGAGGUGUUUAACGGUUAGAUCUUAGGGAAUCUCCAUUUAGUGAAUGUGAUUUUCUGGACUUUUUGGUUUCCAUAAUCAGAAUGAAAAUGGCUUAACCCCCUCUGUUGCAGAAUGUCCAUAUCGCCUAAGAAUCCAUGUCUUUAAUAGUUUCGGCAUGUGUUCCGAUUUUGGAUAGCCUAGAUCCUUUCCUUUAAACUCCUUUGUUGGCCUUUUUUAUGCAGGGGGCAUUAGUGCUCUGCUGCAGCAUAAUAGCACAAAAGGAGGAAACAGAUUCUCACACAAUGAGCCAACUCCUUAAGUUUGUCUGAAUCUCGUUUUGCCCACUUUCCUGGAUCGCUGCAAAAAGACUAUGCAAGGGAAAAUUGCCUUGACUCUGAGUUAGGUGUCUUAAAUCUAAUUUCCAGGCCUCUAUAGCAGAAAGAGUCCCUUUCCAUUGGAGUAGAAAUUGAGCUUCGUCUAUUCUGCCAAUGUGACCCAGAUCGGGUUGUCACAGGAGCAUUGCCUCUCCUUGCUGCUUAAUGAUGGUUUGUGUUGGAUCUGGGACGUUUCCAGCUAAGAGCCUGGGGGUCACUGCUUUGGGCACGCUCUGCAUUUGAAUUUCAUGAAUCUUCUGGUUGUUUACGAAUCCAACAAAUGUCGAAAGGGAAUCUGUCACUUGGGAUAAUUUGCUAAUGGAGGGCAAUGUCUCAUUUUAUUUUUGUAAAGGGAGGUUAAACUAUGUCUGUGCCAUUUGUUUUGCUUGUAAAUUGUAAUUUUAUAUUGUAUUUACCUUUUUACAAGGGAUUUAAGUUUUCAGUUUCAAUGUAAUUAACAUUAACUGUUUUCAAGCCAUUGACGUCAAGUACAUGAGCAGGUUUUCUUCCUGCACAAUGUUUUCCCUGUAACUGUUCCAAGGGACAACCUGCGAGGGUCGUGUGACUCAGUAGGUUACAUAGAACACACUUUAUUGUAUUUUACGCUUUAACUUCAUUUAUGUUUUUGAAGGGGGAAGAAAUCAUAGCUUUUUGAGUUUUAUUUUUUGUGCUGUAAAAUUAACAGUAUUAAAUGACUUAUAUUCUUAGAA